GGGCUUUCAUUUGUCUUGUAUACGCCGAGGGAAGCGUUCUGCGAAAUAAGGCCGGCGAAAGCGGGAAACGGAAACUCUUGCAAUAUUCUUCGCUAGAAAAUAUUCGCAUUGCAAUAUUCUUCGCUAGAAAAAAACAAUGUCGGGUAUCGCUAUUGGGCGCCUGGGUGAAGAGCGUAAAGCUUGGCGUCGCGACCAUCCUUUUGGCUUCGUUGCACGUCCAGUAAAAAACGCCGAUGGCUCCCUAAAUCUUAUGACUUGGGAAUGUGCUGUUCCUGGGAAGAAAGGCACUCCAUGGGAGGGCGGAUUGUACAAAAUCCGUAUGAUUUUCAAGGAUGACUAUCCCACAACACCUCCGAAAUGCAAAUUUGAGCCGCCCCUAUUUCAUCCGAAUGUGUAUCCUUCCGGUACCGUCUGCCUUUCAUUGUUGGACGAAGAUAAAGAUUGGCGCCCAGCUAUCACAAUUAAACAAAUUCUGCUCGGAAUUCAGGAUUUACUGAAUGAACCAAAUAUCAAAGAUCCGGCUCAAGCUGAGGCAUAUACAAUUUACUGCCAAAAUCGUUUGGAAUACGAGAAGCGCGUCCGUGCUCAGGCCCGAGCGAUGGCAGCAACCAAUUAGCUCAUAUGCUCCUUUUAACUUCAUUAAUAUCAUAACUAUUUAAUCAUAGUGCCCUUACGCCACUACAUCCUCAAGACCGAAUGAAGUAUUUGUGUUCCAUUAAUUGAGUUAAAUUCAAGCUAUCUGGAGAUGCGGUUGAAAGGGAUGUACUAGGUACAAUCCUAACAACUGUUCAAAAUUCGUAAAUGUCAUAAAAAUAUGCACUAUUAGCGUGCGGAGCUGUUCAGCAAAUACACACCGUUCGGUUACCUUCCACUCCAAUCAUUCACGCAUCAUUUCAAAAUGUUGCAAAUAUUCCAAAUACUGAAAUAAAUCGUCUGGGCACUCAA